AUGGCCCAGCUCUGGCGUCCAACCUGCUGCCGCCGCGGCCCGGCCGAGCGGAGAGCACCACACGCAGAGCACACGCUCGCGCUCAGCUCCCCUCCGGGGCGGUUCAUGAGCGCGCGCUCCGACCGCAGCCUCCGCGAGCCCGCGCCGCACCGCCGCGGCCCGCCGUCGCCAGGGCCCCCCGGGGGAAGGAAGGCAGGAAGGCCGGCGCGGCCGUGCGCCCCGUGGAGCCCGCCACCCCUGUCCGCAGCCGGCUGCCCGGCCCGUCUGGCACCAUGCUGCCCGCGCGCUGCGCCCGCCUGCUCGCGCCCCACUUGCUGCUCGUGCUGGUGCAGCUGUCCCCGGCUCGCGGCCACCGCACCACGGGCCCCAGGUUUCUCAUAAGUGACCGUGACCCUCAGUGCAACCUCCACUGCUCCAGGACUCAACCCAAACCUAUCUGUGCCUCUGACGGCAGGUCCUACGAGUCCAUGUGUGAGUACCAGCGAGCCAAGUGCCGAGACCCAACCCUGGGUGUGGUACAUCGAGGUAGAUGCAAAGACGCUGGCCAGAGCAAGUGUCGCCUGGAGCGGGCUCAGGCCCUCGAGCAAGCCAAGAAGCCCCAGGAGGCGGUGUUUGUCCCGGAGUGCAGCGAGGAUGGCUCCUUUACCCAGGUGCAGUGCCACACUUACACGGGGUACUGCUGGUGUGUCACCCCAGAUGGGAAGCCCAUCAGUGGCUCUUCUGUGCAGAAUAAAACUCCUGUAUGUUCAGGUUCAGUCACCGAUAAGCCCGUGAGCCAGGGUAACUCAGGAAGGAAAGAUGACGGGUCUAAGCCGACACCCACGAUGGAGACCCAGCCAGUGUUCGAUGGAGACGAAAUCACAGCUCCCACUCUCUGGAUUAAGCACUUGGUAAUCAAGGACUCCAAACUGAACAAUACCAAUGUAAGAAAUUCAGAGAAAGUUCACUCUUGUGACCAGGAGAGACAGAGCGCCCUGGAAGAGGCCCGGCAGAAUCCCCGCGAGGGCAUUGUCAUCCCCGAGUGUGCCCCCGGGGGGCUCUAUAAGCCAGUGCAGUGCCACCAAUCCACUGGCUACUGCUGGUGUGUGCUGGUGGACACGGGGCGUCCGCUGCCCGGGACCUCCACACGCUACGUGAUGCCCAGUUGUGAGAGCGACGCCAGGGCCAAGAGUGCGGAGGUGGACGACCCCUUCAAGGACAGGGAACUGCCAGGCUGUCCAGAAGGGAAGAAAAUGGAAUUUAUCACCAGCCUGCUGGAUGCUCUCACCACUGAUAUGGUGCAGGCCAUUAACUCAGCAGCACCCACUGGAGGUGGGAGGUUCUCAGAGCCAGACCCCAGCCACACCCUGGAGGAGCGAGUGGUGCACUGGUACUUCAGCCAGCUGGACAGCAACAGCAGCGACGACAUUAACAAGAGGGAAAUGAAGCCCUUCAAGCGCUACGUGAAGAAGAAAGCCAAGCCCAAGAAAUGCGCCCGGCGUUUCACUGACUACUGUGACCUGAACAAGGACAAGGUCAUCUCACUUGCCGAGCUGAAGGGCUGCCUGGGUGUCAGCAAAGAAGUAGGACGCCUCAUCUAAGGAGCAGAAAACCAAAGGGCAUGUGGAGAGACCAGGGAGGCAGGAUGGAUCACCAGACACCUGACCUUGGACGCUGCCCACAGCCCAGCCACAUCCCAUGUAACAUGAGUGGUGCCCACCGUGUUUGCACUUUUAAUAACUCUUACUUGUGUGUUUUCUUUUUGGUUUCAUUUUUAAACACCAAUAUCUAAUACCACGGUGGGAAAAGGAAAGGGAAGAAAGACUGUUUGUUCUCUUUUAUUGUUAAGGUUUUGGAUCUGCUACUGACAACGUUUAGGGUUCUGAGGGGGUGAGGGUCUUGUUGGGACUGAGAAGAAAGAGAUUUAUAUACUGUAUAUAAAUAUAUAUGUAAAUUGUAUAGUUCUUUUGUACAGCCAUUGGCACUGCUGUCUGUUUAUUCCCCUCCCUGUUCCUGCUCUGGGCUGUGAGGGCUCUGGACCCACGGGCCAGCUUUCUGGAACCCAGAACUCCAUCCCCAGCCCGCUUGGAUUCUGUUUGGAGAACAACCCCUGUGGUUAGAGUGCAGACUCCAUUAGUUCUUUUCUAGUGGGAGGAGGGCACCGCCUCUUGCUGUGUCUGUCAGAGCUGGCAAGUCACUUGGCGGUUGACCCUCUCAAGGGAGGCUGGGUGUGGGACAAUGUGAGGGGCCCCUGAAGGGAGGGCUCCCGUGCCCAUGUGUUCCUGCCAUCCGGAUCCCCAGGUGGCCCUGACCCCGUGGGUGCACAGUGUCCUGGUGGCCCACUGAGCAAAUUGUCCUCCAAGGAUUUGCGUUAGGGUCAGUUGAAACAUUUCCACCCAUGUUUAGCAUCUCCUCCACGUAAAGCAUGAGAAGGGAGCCAAAGAAGGAAAAGACACACAGAGGGGCCUUUUAUUUAGUAGCUGUUUCGUAUCUGAGCAGCGGAGGGAAGAGGACAGAAGGCCUGCCCUGGUGAGUGCAGUCCCCACAGGAGGCUUCUCACCUCCUGCAAACCCACGAAUGAGGCUUCCCGAGACGGCUCCCAGGGCCAAGGUCAGACUAGGCUUUUACUUCCACUCUCCUCUAUCUCCCCUUGCCAUCCUCUGGUCAUCAUAAGCCUGAGGGAAGAGUUGUGUUGGUCACCUUGUUGGAAACUCAGCCUUUUUUUUUCCAAAACUCAGUACUGAGGUUCUUCCUGUUCCCUUAAAUGCUCUUAAAGGCUUCCAGGCUUGAGGCCAAUUCCAGAGCAGAGCUCAUCUCGGGCCUCCCACUUCUGCCCUCGCCUAGAAGUGCAGAGAUAAUAACCCAGCUAUGGGGAAAUCCAGGCCUAGCUUUCCACAGACAUUUUACUGUGAUUCCAGCGUGGAAUCCAAUGUGCUGGGCAGCCUUCGGGUCAGAUGCCAGCUUCUUCUGCCCGGGUGACCAUGCCUAUCUGACAGUCAUCAAAGAGCAACACGUGGCACUUAGCACCCCUUCCAUGAGCAGGCGUGGCAGCAGUGAGGGAGGCUGGGUAGUAGCCCAGGACUGGGGCCCCUAUGGAUUGCUUUUGGAAAUCUGGCCACAUCUCCUGCAUCUCGUACCCCAUCCCGGUAUCCCAUCCUCUGACUGGAGAAGGUUCUUGCUGUCUGGGUGAAAGUCCCAGAGGUUGUGUUAGGGUGACUGGAGGCCCCAUCCCAGCACGGUAAGGUGGAAGGGGAGCCCUAGCCCAUUAGUUUGGACCAGAAAGCUCAGCGUGCUGGAACCGGAUGGACUUUCCAGGAGACCCCAGUCCCCUACUCUGGCCAGGAGGAAGCACCUCCUUGUAGAACAUCAGACUCUCCCCUGGGCAUCUUCUCUCUCACACAUAUGUGGAGGCUGUGUUCUGUGGUUUUCCUUUGUGAGGAGGGAGGGAGACUAUUUGUAGCUUGUUUUAUAAAAAAUAAAAAUGAGUCAAUCUUG